ACCAAUAAUUGCAAAAGCAAACGAAGUCCCCGAGAGCCAAAGAGCGUAAUUCUCCUGAACACCACCGCCCCUCUCCUUCCUUCCCACCAAUCUCACCUCUUUUAUACCUUUUUUUUGUGUUUCUUUUACACACUCUCUCUCUUCUCUCUUUCUCUCUCUUCUCUGCUAUUCUUCAGCUUCUCCAAGUCCAAGUCCAACCAUGGACGACUCAGCCGACCAUAAAUCUCACCCACUUCCAUUAUCCAAUCCCCGCCGUCGAAACUCCAUCUCCACCCCCCUCGUCGUUCCCGCCAAUCUCACCCUCUCCACCACCCCUCCCAUCACCAAGCCUCUCUACAGCACCAGCUUCCCCAACCAAAACGGCACAGUUUCACCGACGCCGCCUCCACCUCUGGACUUCGAGCUCGUCUCCCUCAAAACCUCUCUAGCCUAUACCUCCCUCAGAGACCUAAUCCCCUCCUCUCCCGGCGGUCUCAUCCACUCGCCGACGGCUGCUUCCGCUGUCAACUCCGGCUACGAGAUCUCCAUCCGCAAUCGUCUGGUGAAGCAGGCCGCCUGGGCCUACCUCCAGCCCAUGUCCUCCUCUCCGGUCUCAGUCGGUACACACUUCUUCCAUCGCUUCUCGCUCAGGCUCUCCGCCCAAAACCCAGUUAGCGCUUGUUUGGGCUUUAUCCGCAGUCAUGUUAUUCCCACUCUGACCCGAGCCUUCGAUGGGAUACUUCGCGUCUUUCGGGUACGGGCCACCAGAUAACGGUGAUGGGUAUCUCGGAAACUGAGCGGUUGAUUGUUUUGGAAGCCGGCGAUGAUGGCGGUGAUGUAAGUCCCUUCUUGUUCUUUAAUGACUGACUUCCCUGAAGCUUGUUUGGCGUCCGUAAGAAUGAGUUUGUUGAUGAUCCAUUCUGAGUCUGCUGAUGAUCAUCGUUUUUCUGCAAAGGUUUCUUACAAUCAGAAUCGUAUAUUCUCAUGUACAUUUUCUUUAUAUGAACAAACACAAUGAUCAUAGUUUCUAAUUCCCUACAAUUCGAUAUUAUCCUCCUA